UUUCCCAUUCGUGCAUACGCAGUUGGCCCACCGGAGUUAAUGCGUGAGGUUGUGUAUGUUGAUUCGCUUUCGGGUUCCCCACUCCGCGUCCUCGGUGUUUCAAGGAACCUUAUCACCCGACUGAUAAGUGCUUAUCACAGCGGACAACAAUAGACUUAGAGAUACGAGAUUCCGAACAUUAACGAGAAUUCGUCGCGUUGAGUUGGCAUCCGCAGUUUGAGGAGCCGCGAGAAUGACGGUCAUCACGAAGGCGAUCACAGAGAAGAAGGCGUCCGACAAAACGGAGCAGCCAUUGUUUGUGGAGGAAAAUACGGCGGAGGGCACGAAAGCCGAUCCUGAAGCAGCGCGUCCGAAGAUUGAUGUGACUGGACGUUACUUGCUUACCAGAAGAAGCGUCCACCGUAUACAUGUGACAGCAACAUUGAUGCUCUUUCUUCUUGCAUUGAUGAUUCUGCUCAUUGGCAUGAUCGCUGGACUAUAUCUCUACAAACAAUAUGCGAGAACUCAAAUGCGCAGAUUUCGCACGGGCUGGUACAGCAUCCCCUAUGACAGCUCAAAUAAAGCGUCUUAUGGCAAUAAUGCAGUUCACCAGGGGCUGUUUGCUGACUCCGAUCUGUUCACCAAAAGUCUCACCAGAGCCAUGGAGCAGGAUGCGAUGGAUAUUGCUAGACAUCUAGAUAACGACAUCAAUAAUUUCUUCAAAGAGAGAUUUGAAAUUGAUCUUGAGAAUGAGCAUUAUGAGAAGAUCGACGUGCCUGAUUUCCGUGGUGGACGACAAGGUCGCUUCAUACAUGACUUUAACAUUAAUAAGACAGGUAUCGUAGACAUUGAUGGUCAGUGUUGCUUUGUUAUGCCAUUGAAUCGUCAGCGCGUAUUACCGCCCCGUAAUAUGUAUGAUCUCCUUAGAAAAAUGUACAACGGUUACUAUGAAGUGGACACUGCAAUUGUACGUGAAACUAUGAAAGUAAUCACACCGCCAAUCACCGACAUGUCAGUCGUCGGAACGUAUAUAGCGCGUGAAUGCCAAGACUUGCCUACUUAUAUGCUGCAGAAAGUGAAUUCUUCUAGUAUUGUAAAACGCAGCGCAUCGCAGAGUGGCGUAUUCGGACAAUUCGCCGGCAAUAGCAUUAUGGAAGUUGAUAUCGUAAAUUUAGAAGAUUUCGAAUGAAACUAUGAGAAAUUGAGCGAAGGAAAUUUUCAAUUAUUCUAGAAUAUUAAAACCACCAGUAGAUGAAUGUAUAAAAAUUAUACGCUGUCCAGGAUGGACCUAGGUAAAUAUUCUGUCGAGUUUAGGAAGAGAGAUCGUUAUUUUGCAUUUAUUGUAUAUCAAUUAAUUCCUUGCCGUUUCUUCUAUAAACUUAUGUUUCAGAGAUAUUCUCAUAUUUGUCGAGAUUUUCAUUACAAGUCUUUCCAUUUUUAUUAGUUAUUCCAUUUUUUAUUAAGUUUAGACUGUAAUAUUAUACAAUUCAAGUACUCGAUUUAUUAUUAUCGAUCUGAAAUCGAUUUAACGCAUCAUAAAAAAAGUCCUUUAUAAUAUCAUGAGAGGCUAAACGAGUGAACGACUGAAUCAUUAUAAAAAAAGAAUGAAAGAAGCUUGACUAAGAUGGUAUAUUGUCUGCAAGUUGGUUCUUAUAGGAAAAUUAAUAUUUCUUCCAUAUUCUUGAGAUAUAUUAUUCAAACAAGUAGCAAACGCGAUGUUAUUCCAUAGUAAUAACAUAUUUAUUAUUAUUAUGGAUUCUGAUACACAGCUUGUUGAUUAUAUUUACAAAUGUGCAUUAAUAAUCGACGGAAACCAGUAGAAUAGCCGUGCACUGUGGUUGCGCUUACAAUGCAGUUUUACGAUAUGUUAUUAGUAUAUUAGAAAAUGUUUAUUUGUAAAUUAUUAGAACAAUCUAUUGUUCAUAUUAUGGACAAAUGCUUGAACAUAAUAUGCUCGAAAUACAAAACGAAUUGCUACAGAAUUAAUUUUCAAGAUACGUUUCGAAAUAAGAAAUACAUUGAUUUUGCAAUUAAUGUAAAGCACAUUAAACGUUUAUAAGAUUAUUAUGACUAUAUAAAUAUUUUUACAAAACAUUGGAUUGAAAAAGUUAACACAGAAUGCUGGUUCAGGAGAGAUCUUGGUGUGUUUGGACAUUCCAUAAGACUUGUUUAUCUCUUCUGCAUUUCUAAUCGUAAAAAGUUAUAUGUGCUUUCAUAAAUAUUAAUAAUGCGUAUUUUAAAUAUACGUUUUGUGUACUAAUUCAUUGUCAGUUUAUCAUACAUAAGAAACUGAAAAUUAGAACAGGAAUAGAUAAGAACUGAGUGCAAAUUAAUAUUAGUCUAUUUUGGUGCAUUAUCUUAUAGAAAAAAAUAGUAUUUAAUUUCUUUUUCUAAUUUUAUCAUAACAUGCGCGCGCAGUAUGUAUACAAUAUGUCGUUACUCAAAUGUAUCCAGGUACUCGGACAUUCUGUAUUUAUCUUAAAUGUUGUUACAAAUAUAUUUAUAAAUAUUAAUAUUUAA